GGUCUCUGAAGGUCCUGGCUCCUGGAACUCUUGGCUGCCAUGGGCUUCCCAAAGGUCCUGUCUGAUGACAUUAAGAAACUGAAAGCCGGAAUGCAUCAGAUAGUAGACAGCUUUAUUGACAACAUGACAAAUGAGGAAUCAGAACCUGAACAGGAGCUCACUCCUCUACUUGAAGGAGAAACGGAUGCAGUACGGCGCAGAGGCAACAGACCGCCUGUUCUGGAAGUUCAGGAUCCUAAAACCCAGGAGCCGGAGGAGAGCUUUUGUGACAUGGUCAAGAGAUGGUUCCGGGCCAUGAUGCAGCGGCUGCAGACCUGGUGGCAGAAGUUUGUGGCCUGGGUGAAGAUGGUGUUGGCCGUGGUCCAUGCAGGGAAGGCCCUCUGGGAAGAGUUUCAGAGUUUCUGCUGCUCUCUCGCAGAGCUCCUCGGGUCCUUUUUCAGUACUAAGGAAUCCCAUUGAGGGGAUGGAGGAGCUGACAGCCCAGCAGUGCUCUGAACCCCAGUGAAGCUUCCAAUGCCACU